GGCGGAGCGGAGACCAGUGAAGAUGCAGUGGAAGCGCCUGGUUCUCGUGGCCCUGGUGGUGCUCCUUCAGGGCCUGGCGGAGGCGCGAUCCCGCAGGAACACCACCAGGACGCGGCAGAACAGAAGGACACAAGAGAGGUUCCGGGGGUGGAAAGCAGGCCCAGUGACUACCAAGGGGAAGUGCAGCCGCUUGCGCCGCCACACCACUCCCUCCGCCAGCAGCACGCGUACAGGGGCCAGCCCGGCGGCAGGGUGCGGCACUUCCAGGGCAGGCACCACGUCCACCACCACAGCCCGCACCACGCCCACCACCCCCAGCAGCUGGCCGCCGACCGCCACGAGUGCCCUAAUUGCUAUCAGUUGGAGAUGCGCAAGAAACUUCGACUGGCGCAGAUAAAAGACCGCGUGCUGACCGCCACGGGGCUGAUCAACCCGCCGAACAUGACGGGCGUAGUGCUGUCCAGUAACCCAGACGUGCAGGGGAUUAUUCAAACCAUGGAAGUCCCCACGGCAUACCUCCAGGAGCCGCUCUAUAACGAAGACGAGCCAGAUGUCAAAACGGAAAUGUUGUUCUUUCCGGUUCAACCAGGUAACGGAUACACCCCAUCCCCAGCGCCACCUGAUUUGAACAUUCCUGAGGGGACAGACGUGUUAUACUUCAAUCUCAGCAGGACGCCCUUAGGGAACAGGGCCAAGAGAGCCAUCCUGCACGUGUGGCUCAAGCCCACUGUGUCUGAGCUGCUGAGACAGUUGCCUGUGUCCAUUUACAAGGUGUCAAGGCCUCAAAUUCCCGGUGGAGAAAUUGAGAAAAAGUCCGUGACCACCGUGAUGGAGUCGUUUAACCCUUACGAGGGCAACUGGGUGAAGAUAGAGAUAUACCAACUACUGCAGGAAUGGCUGACGCGGCCGGAGGAGAACCUAGGACUAAUAGUUGAAGCCUUAGAUUCUCAAGGACAGCAAGUGGCCGUCACGGAUCCUCAGGAGUCCCCUUCUAAUGCGCCGCUGCUGGAGAUCCACACAGAGGACUCCAACAGGUCUCGGGCUCGGCGGAACAGCGGGAACGUCAUGUGUACGAAUGAGAACGAGUCGCGCUGCUGCCGUUACCACCUCACCGUCAACUUUGUGGAGAUGGGAUGGGACUUCAUCGUGGCGCCCAAGGUGUACGAGGCCAACUUCUGCAACGGCGAGUGUCCCUUCCUGUACGCCCACAAGUACGCCCACACCGCCCUCAUCCAGAAGAUGAACAGCACCAACGCCCAGCACGGCCCCUGCUGCGGCGCGAGGAAGCUGUCGCCCAUGAAGAUGCUGUACUACGACCACGACCACAUGAUUAAGUUUGACAUCAUCAACGACAUGGUGGUGGACCGCUGCGGCUGCUCCUAAGCGCCGCGCCGCCACUCUUAUAAGCAUCUGUGAUGGACACUAGGUUUUCUAUAAGGCUAGCCCGCCCCGCCCGCCCCGCCCCGUCCCGCCCCGCCCCGCCCAGUGCUGCCCCGCCAGCCCCGCCCCGUC